CCUGCAGCACCAGGACCAUGAAGACCAGGAGCAGGAGGAUGCCUCAUCCUGCGACCUCUCCUCCCCGCUGGACUGCGCCGACCCACGCCUCUUCCACCUCAUGAUGCGCAGCGCCAUCGACGCCUUCCCCGCCGUCCAUUUCGCCCGCUUCGGCCGCCCCGUCCCCGGCGACCCGCCCUCCGCUUCCUGCGACAUGGCAUGGCGCGCCCGCACCAACUCCUCCGCCUCCGCCUCCCCCACCGCCACCACCAAGGACUACCGCCGCUUCGCCAUCGCGCGGGACCCCCACACCUGCGCCUAUUCCGUCACCUCCAUCGGCAGUUACCACUCCGGCCCCAACGCCCGCAAGCCUCGGCCCGGCGCCUCCAACGCCACCGCCGCCCCGCCCCCGCCGCCGCUCUCCCGCUCCCAGUUCGCCGCCGCCACCUACCUCUCCUACCACGGCGGAGGCGACCGCUGCAAGCUCAUGCCACACUACAUGCGCAGCCUCCUCUGCGCCCUCGCCGAGGCGCGCUACCUCAACCGCACCCUCGUCCUCGACCUCAGCCUCUGCCUGGCGGCCUCCUACACAGCCGCCGGCAUGCCCGAGGAGGGCAAGCGCCUCGCCUUCUACUUCGACAUCGACCACCUCCGGUCGUCCGUGGUGGACAUCAUCGAGGAAAGACAGUUCUGGGAAGAUUGGGACAGGUGGGGAGCGCAGGGCCAGCUCGGGCUCCGGCUCAUUGAGGACACUAGGGUUGCCCCCACCAAGUUCUCGAAGGCUAAGGACACCCUGAUUGUCAGGAAAUUUGGGGACGUCGAGCCAGGGAAUUACUGGUACCAUGUGUGUGAGGGUGAGGCGGAGCGUGUGCUCCCUCCGCCGCGCCAUGCCAUACGUUUGGCACCAAGUUUGAUGAGCAUUGUUGAUGAUAUCAUCUCAAGUAUGCAACAAGACUUCGAUUCCGUCCAUGUUGGUGGCAGUGUUGAGGACCUCAUCCAGCGAAUCGAGGAUGGUGUUGAUGUAGGAAGGCAAGUGUACAUUGCCGGAGAGGGGAUCAACACGGUCUCCAUGGAGGUGCUUAAGGCAAAGUACAACAACUUGCGUUACCUGGAUGAGUUUCAGAGGCUCUGGAGAAAAGAAAGCAAGUGGUUCUUGGAGAUGAAGAGGCUCAAUGGUGGAGUUCCUGUGAAGUUUGAUGGGUACAUGCGUGAGCUGGUUGACAGGGAGGUCUUCCUCAAGGGCAAGAAGAAGGUCGAGGUGCUCCACUGAUUGCUUCUCCAAGAUAAAAUGUUGGAGAACACGGCAUGCUUUUUCCAAGUGAGUCGUGUAUAGACCGUGUCUGAAUUUUGUUGUCAGGUUUAGGGUAUAGAUGAUCCAGUCAGUACCACUUCGAGAGAAAUUUUCGUAACCAGCAUUCCACCGAUGUAUAGCUCCGUGCUGCUAAGAGUACCUGUUCCGACCAAUUAGUUCCUUAGCACUAAUCACUGCUCAUUUCCUGUAAGGAAUUAUUGUACUAAUCCACAUAUCAUUUUGGCUAUGUAGUUGAAUUCAUGACCUUUUGUUUCUCCAA